ACCCUAACUGCAAUUACGUCAAGAACUCCUUUUUCUUUGACGUCUUGGCCGAAGGAGAACACACACUAGGGACCAACUGAAGAUUCUCUCUGAAAUCUCCAUAGCCGUUAAUCUGGUAGCUGAGUUCGUCUCCCUAAUCAGGUGUGCGGCGGUGAAUUUUUUCUCGAGCUUGGAAGUGGUGAUUAAUGGGAGCAACUGAUAUGGAAGAACCAAUUUUUACCGAUUCCGAGUUGGACUAUCAAGUUAGAAAUGCGCUUAAAGCUGCUGUUCAGGGGGAUUGCGAUUCUUAUAACCAGCUUGUGGGUGUGAUACACCAUAGAGAACGUCUUUCCUCUGAGGAGGUGGCGGCCCUCGUGACGUGUUUGAAAGCUGUGACUGCAUCGGUCUCUUGUGUACACAUUGUUCAUCAUCGUUCUCUCCUUGCUGCUAUAUGUGGAAUGAGUCUGUGGAAUUAUGGAACUGACGUGAUGGAUGCACUCGUUGAAUUGCUGGUUUCGUUGGCUUCGUCGAGGGGAGAAUAUGUUGAGUUGUGCUUGGAAACGCUUGUAGCCAAUUUCAUGCCUCCAUCUGGUCCUUCAUCUACGUAUUAUUCUGUAGAUUUUUGGAAGCAACCUCGGGGUAUAGCUAAAAAGACCCAAGUUCUUGAACGUGUUCAUUCAACUUUGAAAGAUAUUUCCCAUUUAGUCCCUCUUUUACCUAAGAAAUUAGAGGAGGUAUUGAGGGUCAAAAUGCCAAACAUAUACACAAAGGAACCUAUCAUGGUAAUGUACGUGGAGAGUAUGUUGAGGUUGGAAAAUAGUCCGAUGGGUGAACUUGUCGGGAGCUCAGUGCUGUACUCCUUAGUGGACCGACUCAUAGAGUUAGAUGUGGACAUAGCAUGGGAUGAAAUUUUGCAGGAUGAUUUCCAGAAGGGUAUCUUUGAUAUGGAACUGGAAGAUCUCGAGGGGCAUGCAGAAGAUCAUAUUGAAGAAGAUUCCGAUAAGGUUUCUAGGGACUUAAUUAUACAAAGAUUUUUUAGUGGAAACUUAGUUGCUCAAAAGCUAGAUAGUUUAAUGGUGCUCACGUUUGAACACUUUAACUCCUGUCACGAGAGAGGCCGCCUAGAUAAGGUGUUUGCUACCUUCCUUGAGUCAUUUAAAAAAACAAUAAUGACCGCCUAUAAAUCGAAAUUUACUCAGUUUGUCAUGUUCUAUGCUUGCUCGUUGGAUCCUGAAAUUUGUGGAACUAGGUUUACAGAUGAGCUUCUAAAAAUCUUUAUGACGAAUUCCAAUCCCGAAUGGAGAAUGAGUGCAGUUGCAUACCUUGCUAGUUAUUUAGCUCGUGCAAGAUUUGUGCCCGUGACAGUUGCUGCUUUCACAAUCGAAAGUGUUGUGAACUGGUGUUUCCUCUACUGCCAAAACCAUAAUGGUGAUAUAAAUCCAAGAGUUCAUAAAGUAUUCUAUGCUGCGUGUCAGGCAAUUAUGUAUGUGCUCUGUUUCCGCCUGAGACAAAUGCUUGCUGUACCUCGCCUCAAAUCCCAACUAGUGCUCAUGCGUAUCGAAGACAUCUUUGGGAGUCCCUUCAAACCACUACAGGUAUGCCUGCCAUCAAUAGUAGAAGAAUUUCUACGUCUGGUGAAGGCAAGUAAUGUAAUUUCUCUGCCCCAGAGCUUCCUUGACCAUGGCCUCUUAGAAUCCGAACAUUCUAGGGCGUUUGGUGGGUCCGAAAGGUUCGACAUGUUUUUCCCAUUUGAUCCCUGCCUUUUAAGGAAAUGUGACAGUUAUAUUCGGGAUAACUAUGUGUAUUGGUCAACGGUAAGGAAGGCUUAUGAGGAAGAUGAGGACGAAGUUACAAGUGACGAAGAAGAUGCCGAUACUAUUAGUGGCAGAGGAAAUCGGAGAAUGAGUGAUGGAAGUGAAAUGAGUGACGAUGAAGAAAACUUUGAUGAUGAUGCGUUUGAUUGUUCUUUGGAUAAAAUGUCAAUAACUCCUAGAGAUUCGAGCGCUAAAUUCGGAGGAAGAAUGCAGAGAUUUGUGCAGAUGCCCUCCAAGAUCAGACCUUCAACCAGUCCCGAGUCCUUGUGAUUUUCGAUUGUUCAUCUUUGGGCUGGGUGCUGAGCUGUAUUUACCAUUUAUAGAUUUGUGAGAAAAUUUUGCCAAUUGUAUGUUUGAUUUUUACCAGAUACUUAUUAUGUUAACUUUCGACGAUUUUGACAUGUAACCGUAAAAUGUUUGUUUGAAGAGUUUAUUAUAUGGAACAAUAGUUCUUUAUU